AUGAAUAGCAUUGAUAGUUAUUAGAGCAAAGCUACAUUUAAUGCACAAUCAAUUAUUUCCAAGAUAGCCACUCGGAAUGGAUAAGCUGAGUAAGCAGUUCAAUUUGAAUAUAUAGUAAUUCGUCCUUGAUUGCAGCUUUGGAUGAAGAAACUGUUUCAGCUGCUUGGAAUGCAUUUGGUAUUUCCUCACCCGUUAUUAUGAAGGUCUUCACAUUUCAAGGUAAUUGCGUAUGGGCAGAGGAGUGGCAGUCAAUAAAUUUGGAACCUUUUCAUUUAGUGCUCCAGAUGUAGUUUUGGAUGGAGUAACAAAUCCAGUAGAUAGAGAUAAAUAGCCUCGUUAACCAGUAUUCCUUGUUGCUAAAGUAAUUUAACUUACUUACAAUCCAAGGAAUUCGUUAAUGGUUUUAAUCUCAAAACUGCCAUAGCCAUAGGUCGAUAAUUGAGGCCUUACAAAGUUUAAACAUCUGGAAAAAUUUAACAUGCAAUUGUCAAUUGGGCUGAGAUUGCACUCUAUGCCUCAUAGAAUAAGGACUCUGCUAAGAUGGCUGUUGAAAGAGUGUUAAAAUCAUUAUCUGAUAUUGUGCGCAACGUAUUUUGGCGAUCAAUUAAUUAUAGAGAGAUGUAGUUGAAGUAGAGAUUCCAUGUGUUGGAACCUUCUUUGUCAAAGCUCAUUGUGCAGCUGUGCAGUUCCUUGAAUCUUUGAUGGAUGGCUGCAAAGUAACUCCAUUUCAAUUAAACAUAGGAAAUAACCAAAAGACCUUUGUCAGAAAGAAAAUCCAAAGGAGACAUGAGACUUACUCAAUAAUACUUGCAACAAUUAACUAAAAGUUCCCAUCCAGAGGAAAAUAAUUUUAUAAUUGACGACAAUGCAAAAAAUUAUCUCACUAAUUCAUUAGGAAUUGAAUUGCCAGAAACUAGACCUAAAACAGCCAAACACUCCUAAUAUUCAUCCAAAAAAGGACCUUUAAUGAGCAAAACUGUAAAUUUUAGCCUUAUUGUUCAUUAGAUUGAUGUUAGACCAUCUACACAGCAAAACUCAAGAGUUGGAUUCUCCAGAUCUGUAAAUGAUAAAGUAUAUGCGCUUGAAAGAUUGAAAUACUACAUUCGAGAUCAUGCUUUAAAUAUUGAAGAUGUAACACUAAUUUACUUAUUUUUAUAGUCGUUUUUAGAUAUCUGUUAACAAGCCUUUGGGAAAACUAGUGAAAGGAAGGUCCGCAUGAAUUUCGAUGAUUUCAAAAGAGCUGUCCAAUAGAUUUAAUUGCCUCUCAAUGAAACUCAACUCAUUACAUUAUUUUAGACACUCGACGUAAAUAAUGAUGGAUUUAUUGAUAAAUUCGAUUGGCUCAAAGCAGUAGUAGAUAAAAGUAUGUAUUAAUGCUUAAUUAAAUUGAAUAGAAUCCCAUGUGAAUUAUAUCAAAGAUGUGGUCUUUAAAUUCUAAAUUCACACUGAUGAUUUAUUGCAAAGAAUGAAUUUAAAUAGAGAUCAUCCACCAAUUAACCUUUAGUAAUUGAAACUAGCUUUAAUGCAUUUGGAUGAAUCUUUAAAUUAACACAAAGCUCUAAAAGUAGCCAAGGAAAUUUUGGAUGGCAAGGAAACCAUCAGUAUGAAUGACAUAUUAAUACUAUUUAACACUGUAGAGGAAGAAGAUAAAUUGUAUGACCUUUCGUGGUUCAAAGACACACUUCAUAAAAUGAGAGAUCAUUUAAUUAAUCCUUAGAAGUUGAAAAUAUUCAGAUAAUCAUUUGAAUAUUUUGAUGAGCAUCAAGAAGGCAAUCUUGAUACAGCCAACUUUAAAACCGUAUUAAUGGAGAGUUAACUGGGUUUGAAUGUGCAGGACAUCAAUAGAUUAGUUCGAUACCUUCCAAAGAAUAGGGAGUCUCUGAUAAAUUACUAUGAUUUUAUUUAAAUGAUUUUGGAUGUGAAUAAACAAAUGGAUUAAAAAGAUACAGCCAAAGACCUCAUUGAUUUUGCUUAGAAAAUAAGUAAGUAUCUGGCUCAAAAAAAGUUUAGUGUCAUACAGUUUUUAUAAUAAGUAAAGUCAGGAUAUGGAUCAUGUAAUAUUGAAUCCACUGCUUAAUAUCUUGAAAAAAAUAUCUUUGCACAAUUGCCACAUGAGGAAUGCUUAGAAUAUUGUAGAGAAAUGGAUGUUGAUGGAAAUGGAGUCGUCAGUGAUGAAGAUAUGAAUAUUUUCAUUAAACGAUAUUCUUAUUUCAACAUUAGAAAAGAUCUAUCUCAAAUCGACUAAAUUGCUGAAAGUAUGAAAAUCAAACCUUAAUUUGGUGAUACCCUAUCAGCUAUUGAGAAAACCUGUGUUUAAUCCAAAUCUAUUGACUUAGUUACCAUGGGGCAAAAGAAAAUGUUUCAGUCCUUAGUAGAUGGAAUGAACUAACAAAAAAGUCUUUUCCCCAUUGAAGAAUUGCCAGAAUCUAAAUUUGAUCAAAUCCUAAAGGAUUUGCGAAUAAAAUUAGCUAGGAAGGGAAUGUCUUAUGAAGAACUAUUCACAUUUCUAGACACUGAUCAUAAUGGAUUCCUUUCAAUAAGUGAAUUUUAGAAUAUUGACAAAAUAAUGACUUUGAGUCAACCUGCUAAGGAUGGAUUCUUUGCCUUUAUGGAUAAGCAGAGAAUUGGUUUGAUUGACUUAAAUACCUUUGCUAAGUUUAUGAGCAAAUCUAUAAUAUAGCAGAUGCCGUAAUUAUCAGAAGAUGAUUGGGACUGGGAGUUGGAAAUCUUAUUUAAGAUCAGAAAUUGGUGUCAAAGAGAGAAUAUUACUAUAGAGGAUGCUUUCAGAACUUUUGAUAAAGAUUUUGACGGUUAGAUUAAUAAAACCGAUUUAAGAACAUUUUUGAAGGACAUAUUGAAAAUAGAAGAGAAAGAGAUUACUGAAGCCAAAAUUAAUAGGUUGUUCAAAUUAAUGGAUUAAUAUAAGAGAGGAAAAAUAACAUUAAUGGAUUUUAGAAGAUUUGUAGAGGAGGGAUUCUUUUAUGGAAAAAACAAAUAAAUCUUUGGAUAAAACGCUACUUUAGCUGCAAAAUAGUAACAAGAAUCUAGAUCAUCAUUUGAUUGGAAGAUGAAUGCAAGAUAACAGAUAGGCUUGAUAAUUAGUAGACAUUAUCCAAAUGUGAAGGAAUCUUUUGAUAUUGUAUCAGGAUAUCGUAAGAAAUUGGUAUUCUAGAAAUUUAAAAAGUGGUUGGAUGAAAAAAAUGUAUUGGCAGGAUUUGAUUUAACAGAAAAACUAGUUUAUGAGAUUUUUUCAGAUCUUGAUUCUCAUAAAAAAGGAUACUUAGUAGAAUCAGAUUGGCUGAAUGCAUUUGCUCAAUACAAUUGGUAGGAUUAGAUGAUUAAGGAGAUCCAAGAUGCACUAUCAACCUAUUUCUCUAGCAUUUAAAAUGCAAUCCACUAUUUUUAAAUGGAGCACAGCCACAUCAUUACUAGAGAUAGCUUUUAUAAGGCCUUGUAGGCUUUAUUCCCAAAGAGAUUCGUUGAAGGAGAUAUCGAAAUUUUAUGGAAUAGAAUUUAAAAGAAUGGGUCAUUGAGCAAUCAAGCAUUUGCACUUAUAUUCGGAAAAGGUGGUAAAAUCUAUGAGCAACCUGAAGGACAAUCACAACAAUUAGCUAUUCGUCCAGCAACAUAAGGGUAUUAUUGUGUAUUAUGUUAGUGGACUAUCUGAAUUACCUUUGGAUGAAAGAAAUUAGGUUAAUAUUAGCUUACUAGAUAAAAUUAGAAGAUUUUUGAGAAAUUCAAAUAAAAACAUUAAUGAUUUAUUCAAAUAGUACGAUUCAGAUAACACUGGAUUCAUUACAAAUUUAGAAUUCAGAUAAGUCAUUCGAAGUUUGAAUAUGGGGUUAACCUUCUAAGAUGUCGAUAUAUUAUCUGCUAUGCUUCAUACUGAUAGAAAUAGUAUGGUCAACUGGAAGGAGUUUUCCAAGAAAUUAGAUUUUAGAUAAGCUGAUAAUAAGAUUCUUGAGAGAGCUGGUAUUCAUUUACAAAAAGUCAACGAUCACAUUUAUCAUUACUUAUUGUCUCCUAAGGAUGCAUUCAGAUAAAUAGAUGCUCAACACACUGGGUUUUUAACCUUUGAUAAAUUUAAGGAUAUGAUUGAAAUGUUAUAUAGAUUAGCAACUGAAGACAUCCCACCAUUUGCAAUAAUCAAAGACCUAUUUGAAUUUAUUGAUAAGAGAAGGGAUGGACAUCUGGAUUUGACUGAAUGGAUGGAUGCUUUUUCAAAGUUCUCCAAUCCUAAUGAAAAGAAAAGGUUAGAUUAUAAUCAUUUUUUAGACCCCUGAGUGCUAAUAUAAAAGUUAAGAAAAACUCUCAGAAGUCAUUAAUGGCCUAAACUGAUAAGAAUUGGUUAACCAAAUAAAGAUCACCUUCUCAAUAAUAAUUUGAAGGGUUGACUGACGAUGGAUUGAUAAAUGCGGCAAAUAAAUUCAAAACAUUUCUCAGAAAGCCUCCUGUUAAAUAAAGUGCUCUUUAGUAUGUUGGUAUCUUUUUGUAUCUUAAAAAUAUAGAAAAUGGCAUUUGGGAGAGUUCAAAAGAGUUUGAUAAAACUAUAAAUGCAAUUGGCAAAAAUAGAAAAUACCUUCUGGAAAUCUUUAAACAUUUGACAUCAAAUGGGUAAAUUCCAUUAACAGAGGAUGUAAGUUUUGUGAGUAAUUUCAAUAGCGCAUCAAAUAAGAAAUGGAUAAAAUGUUGAGAUCCUAAGGGAUUGUCGUCAGAGAUGAACAGUGGCCACAACUUAUCUCCUGGUCUAAGAAAAACGGUCGCAUAGAUUACAAAUUUUUGCUUGAGGUGUACAAAGAUCGACUGAAUGGAAUGGAUACCUAGCCCAGAUAGGGGGAUGACGAGUGAAUAUUUAUUAGACCAGUUGGCCAUAUUAUAAUAUUAAUAAAAUAAAAAUUUUAAAAAAAGCCCUUACCAGCUUUUUAAAUACAAAAGACUUCCCCAGAAUCGAAAAAGUAAGUUAAACACCUAAAGUAAUCUAGUGAGCAGUAACAAAAUCCGAGUUUUAAAAAAGUCUUAGACAUACAAUAGCUCUAAGUGUCUCUUUGUUCCCAAAAAUAAGGAACGACCAUAAUACUAUAUCACUCCACCUUCGAAAUAUAAGGUAUUUCUAUUUUUCAUCGUUUUAGAACCCACUUACUAAUACUGAGGAAUUAAAUAUUGAUUCUAACUGUUCGACUGAUAGCAGUCAACGAUUAGAAAAUCUAAGUCCCUUAUAUUACUGCCCAAAAGGAAAAGAACCAUGUGGUGAGUUGUAGGUAAUCCUAAAUGGCGACCUGAUAUAAGUGAUUUCUUAGACUAAAAGCAGAAAGAAAUCACGAAAAUUCAGUGACCAAGAGACCUAUGCAAUGAGUAAUUUCAUCGCAGGUCCUAAAUGUUAGGAGAUCCCUUGCCCUUAGUUCCUUUGAUGAUAUAUAUAUUAUCUAUAUUUCAAAAUACCCUAAUC